AGGAAAACAUGGACGCACAGGGGAAAUCCAAUUGAAAAAAGCAUCAGAGAGGAUGCGGUUGUCGUCCUGCACAUAGUCGGAGUUAUGCACGGACUAUUCCCUCGUUUUUAAUGAGGCGGGUGGGGACGCAAAGCAAGCUGAAAAGGCGGAAAGAUUUCUCAAACCCGUCUGCAAAUUCUGCCUGCCUGCGAUGGCUGUGACGGCGCGAUGCCGUUACAGUGUAAAGGAGAACGUGCCUUUUUCCUUAUAUUUGGUUAUUUUUGUACUCAGUGGCCUUACACAUGCACAAAUCCGAUACUCCAUUCCGGAGGAGCUGGAAAACGGGGCAUUGGUCGGCGACAUUGUCCGAGAUUUGGGUCUGGACCCUAGAAAACUUUCCACCCGACGAAUCAGAAUCACAUCGGACAGCGGCCGGAGAUAUUUCACCAUAAAUCACAAAACCGGGAAGCUGGUGGUGAGUGACCGCAUUGACCGAGAGACGGUUUGUGAAUACAGUGGCACCUGUUCACGCACCCUGGAGGUGGUAUUGGAGAAUCCACUGGAGAUGCACAACGUGGAGGUGGAGAUUGUGGACGUGAACGAUAACGCGCCACAGUUCCCUCGAGAUGAAUAUCAACUUGAGGUGUCGGAGUCCGCUCUCACUGGGUCGCGGUUCCACAUCGAGGGAGCUCAGGAUGCAGAUGAUGGCUCCAACUCUGUGAGACAAUACCGCCUCAGCCCAAACGACCACCUCACCCUGGACUCUAUUAAGCCCUUUUCCAAUAAUAAGCACAUCGAGCUUAUUCUCAAAAAGCCCUUUGACCGCGAGCAGAUGCCCUCUCAUCAGCUGACCCUGAUAGCAGUGGAUGGAGGCACCCCACAGCGAACUGGCACGGCCAAAAUCAAUGUACGCAUCAUCGAUGCCAAUGACAACGUGCCUGCGUUUGACAGCUCCGUGUACAAAGUAAAACUGUCUGAAAACUCUCCAAAGGGCGCACUUGUAAUCAAGUUAAAUGCAACAGACCCUGAUGAGGGCUCGAAUGGUGAAGUUUUUUACUCUUUCAGCAGUUACACGCCAGAAAGAGUCAGACAGAUGUUUUCCAUGGACACAGACACGGGAGAAAUUCGUGUGAAAAAUAACAUAGACUAUGAGGAGACAAACUCUUAUGAAAUGUACAUACAGGCUAUGGACAAGGGCCCAGCUCCUGUGGCAGUAAACUGUAAAGUAGUUGUAGAAGUUUUGGAUGUCAAUGACAACAUUCCUGAUAUUGUACUGUCCUCACUCUCCAGCCCUGUGCGUGAGGAUGCUCGGGCUGACACAGUUGUAGCAUUGAUCAGUGUGAACGACCGUGACUCUGGACCAAAUAAACAAGUUACCCUGGAGAUCAUGCCCCAUUUGCCUUUUAAGAUCAAGUCUUUCCGGAACCACUAUACCAUCGUCACAUCCGCUUUCCUGGACCGGGAAACCAUCUCAUCCUACAAUGUCACUGUCAACGCUGUAGACGGAGGCACCCCUCCUCUGUCAUCUCAAAUGACCUUUAAGGUGGAUGUUGCAGACGUGAACGAUAACCCACCUCGUUUUGAACAGACAUCAUAUACUGUCUAUAUUACAGAGAACAAUGCUCCUGGUGCACCUCUGUGUGUUGUCAAGGCCACAGACGCUGAUGCUGCAGAAAAUGCACGCAUCACCUAUACUGUCCUCAAUGACAACAACCAUGGUAUCCCUGUAGCCAGCUACGUCAGCAUCAAACCUGAUACAGGUGAGGCCUGUGCCCUGCGAGCCUUCGACUUUGAGAAGCUGAGGGAGUUUCACUUUCAGGUUAAAGCCCAGGACAAUGGUAUGCCUCCCCUCAGCCGUGUGGCCACAGUUUAUGUUUACAUUAUGGAUCAGAAUGACCAUGUGCCCCGGAUAGUCUACCCUCCUGCCAAUGGGAGCCGCACCACAGAGACGCUGAUGAAAAACGCUGAAGCAGGAGUGUUGGUUAGCAAGGUGACAGCGUGGGAUGGUGAUGCAGGGCAGAACGCUUGGCUGCUCUAUACCUUGGAGCAGACCAACAUAGACCUUGACCUGUUUAAGGUGCAUGAGUACACAGGUGAGAUCCGCACCACAAGGCGUGUCAUUGAGGACAACUCCACUUCCUUCGUUCUGACAGUGGUGGUGCGCGAUAACGGCUUACCGCCACUCUCCUCCACCGCCACCAUCCAUGUGCACGUGAUGGAGCUGCCACCGAAGUUGACCCCUGACCCCAAGCGCAUCAUCAGGCCCAACAGCCCCCUAAUGUUUUCCAAUGUCACCCUCUACCUCAUCAUAGCCCUGAGUGCCACAACCUUUGUGUUCCUGGUCACUGUCUUUGUGCUGGCCAUUGUGCGUUGCCAUGCCUACUGCACCCAGCCUGGUUCCUGCUCCCCAUGUUGCAUAUCCAAGAAGAGUGUUCCAGAGGGUGGCACCUCAGCAGGUGGCGGUGCAGGUGGAGGAAGAGCUGCUGGUGGAGGUGGUGGUGGAGGUGCAGGAGGAGGAGGAGGAGGUGGAGGGCAACCAAACGACAAUGUGGCCCUGCGCCGUGACCUUAAAGUGGAACCGCAUUAUAUUGAAGUGCGGGGAAAUGGGUCUAUGACAAAAACAUAUUGUUACAAAACAUGCCUGACUGCCACAUCAGGAAGUGACACUUUUAUGUUCUACAACACGGGACGGCCGCACAGUGGCACUUGGGGCUCAGGCUACGUCACCAGCCACAGCGGACAGAGCCAGUUAUUUGUACGGCGUCUCAGUAUGCCAGACGCAACUGCCAUUCAGGUGUGUCCCAAAGUGCCGAGUGCGGACUGGAGAUAUUCAGCCUCCCUGAGAGCAGGAGGUGUAAUGCAGAGCUCAGUGCACAUGGAAGAGUCCUCAGUAAUGCAGGGAGCCCAAGGGGUCCUGGUUCAGAACUGGCCUACUGCAUCCAGCGCCGCUGAUGCUGAAGGGGGAGAGGUGUCCCCUCCAAUGGGUGCUGGUGUAGAUAGCAACAGCUGGCACUUUCGCUAUGGCCCCGGCGGUCCUGGCGCCCCCCCCCAGCACCUGAAACCUGGCGAGGUUCCCCCAGAAGCCUUCAUCAUCCCCGGCUCCCCCGCCAUAAUAUCCAUCAGACAGAACCAGGGAGGAGAGGACGACAAGAGCGAUUUCAUCACCUUUGGAAAGAAAGAGGAGGCCAAGAAGAAAAAGAAGAAGAAGAAGGAGAAGAAAGACAAGAAGGAUAAGGGCAAGGAUGAUGGAGAUGAGUAGCGGAGCAGAAAGAGAAAAUAGCGAAGAAGAAAAGGGUGUUGUUAAAACAGAGGUACCAACUAAAGUCCACUGGGCAAAAAGAAAAUGUGAAAACUAUUUAGACUACUUAGAUUUUCCAAGUUCAUUUUGUUAUCUAUUUUCACUGAUAACAUUUUAAAGCUCUUUCUGUUAUGAACCUGGCCUUACCAAGAUUUAUUUUACCUUCAGCCCCUCACUGAGGUAAAUUAUUGAUCUUGCCUUGAUAAACAAUAAAACGAUUGAUUUUGCUCCACGCCCCUAUGUGCCUAUACACCCAGAGUCAACUCAUGUCAGUCAUUUCUUCCAAUUAAGAAGGACCACUCUUUGCCCUCGUCUUGAAUUGUUCCGCCUUUAACCCACUGGGCACGUUGGCACCUCUGUCUUACCCCCUCCCCAAUUAUGAUGUGUAAACCAUUCUCUCUGAGAGAAGACAAAUACUUUGUACAAGAACAACAAAAAGCUCUGUGCCAGCCAAGGAAAAGAAGAAAGACAAAGAAGAUUGAGACAGAUGCAUGCCAUCUGGAGCUGGACACACACUACUUGUAAAUAGCACAGGAGAGAGUCACUGAAACUAAGGCGAACAAGACACUGCUGCAGAUUCCUCUGAUAAUUACCAACAGUGUUUCCUGAGAUCUCAAUGAAACCACAUGCACACACACGCAUGCUCACAUAUUCAAACAUGCCAACACAUACACACACUUAUCAUGACAAAGUAGACACGGAAAGCACUUGAGGGAGAGAAAUAAAAAAAGGAGAACAUCAAAUGACAUCAAAGAAAUGUGCUUAAAACUAGACACUGCAAACUUUCUGCCCUGCACAGUUGCUUUUGCGGUGCGCAUGUGUCCAUCAACUCUCUCAGGAUGGAAGCAGCAUCCUUUGCAAUCACGCUGUAUUUGCUCACUGCAUUUGAAAGACACGUAGAGCUUCAUCUCCAGUCAGAGCCGCAACGAAGAAUGCAGAGAGCAUCGGAAAGAUGAAGAGAUGGAAGGAUACCUCAAAUUCUCCUGAGGAUCACAGAGGGAGAGGCCAGCUGAGCUGGCUUGUGACUCUGCUUUCAGUCAGUGGACUCUAAUGAAACCGUAAAGAAUAUUAGGAGAGUCUCGAGGUUUUGAUAACACCUUCUCUUCUCCCCCUGCUGCAGCAAAAGCCUAAUGCUUUCUGCUUUGAAUGUUUGGUAGCAACCAAUCCUUACCUGAUACCUUGAGUUUACAACUGCUCAUCUGCUUGUACUUGCCCUAAGCUGCAACGAGCCACAUUCUCCUCCCCCAACUGCCUUUUUCUCCACGGUCACGCAUCCCACUGACUGCCUCUUCAUGUGAUGAUGAAGUUUGUGAACUUGUUCUGUUUUCAUUUAUUCUCUAAAGAGAUUCACUAUUCAAUACUCUGGCUUUUUUUCUUUUCUUCCUCAUAGCUUUAACUGCUUUUUGCAUGUCAUGCCCACUUCCAUCUACCCUCAAGACACUGCACCUAACCCCCACUCUGACCCCCUGCUCAGGAUCGAUCCUGGGAAUGGCCUGCUCUGAACAUUGUGGUGUGCUGAGAACAGCAUGGAGUAAUGUGGAUGAGGCCUGGGGAAUCCCAGUCGUGGGUCUACGCCCUGAACUCUUGUCAGAUGUCUCUCUAAGUGCACAACGGUUCAGUGCUUUUAACUUGCGAGUACUACAGCACGCUGUUCAUUUCCUGUUUGUAGCCACUGAAGGAGACAGGUGCCGUGGGCUGACCCUCUCCCUACAUGUACAAGAGAAGAAAGCUGUUCUCCAAAUUGAUUGUUUAGGAUCGUUGAGUCACAUACUAGCUUUUAUGUACGCUGUAAAUGUAGCGUAGACUUUUCAUAGAUUGUCUCUAUAUAAGUCAUUGAAGCCUGCUAGAAAUACGGGCAUCUAUGGAUUUGCAUCCCACAGCUAUAUCCCACCAAUCCUCUCUCAGGAGGUUUUGAAAAAGGGGCACACACAUGCCUCAAGACCUGCUUCUGUUGGUUCCCCUCCCCUGCCUGUAACUUGUUGCCACGUCCCCAAAGUUUUGCGGCUCAGUAUGACGUCACUCCAUUAAGUGGCUGCUGCAUGUACUGCUCUAAGGAAACACAUAAUAUAUAGAGAAAUAUAUAUAUAAAUAGAUAGAUGGCUAUGAUUUUAUUCUUUUGUAUUAUCAUUUUUCUUCAUUACUCGCACAGGAGAUAUUUGUAUGUACUUCUGUCUGCCAAACAUCUAUGUAUUACAAUCUUCACGCUCCACAGAUGUUGUAUGGCAUCCACUAAACCUCUUUAGAUAUUUGUAAAUGCUAUAGUGUGAUACCUUUCAACAAAGUUUAUUCUUUUUCUUUUUCCAACUAUGAGUUUUGUUUUUGAGAACAAGCAAAGCAAGAAAAAAAAAGAAAAAAAAACACUCUCUGUGUCUGGCUUUGACAUGACGAUCUAACUAACACUUGUAAUAUUGUAACUGAAAUAUGUAUGAUCCUAUGAUGAGCUAUCACUUCCCUUUCACUCUAAAAAAAAGAAAAUGACUUAAAAAAAAUAUUCCAGUGUAAAAAUACCUAUAUGUAGUGUAUGCUUGUGUUUAGUGAGCGUUCAUGCUGUCAUUCUUUCCCAAUGUAUGGUGGUGAACUAUGGUGGCAAUGUGCUGUCCUAAAUGGACUAGCCCAGAUCUGUUGUAUAACCUCCUUUUUUUUUGUACAACCGCUCAUCAACUGUGACAGUGAAGUAGUGAAUUUCAUUUAUUUUCUGACUUGUUUUAUUUUACCUAAAUGGAUACAGUGGUAAUGUGUUUUGUUUAUAAAUCACUAAUAAAGUUUUCU